AUGGCUGAAAAACCUGGUUACGAAAGUCUACAACAGAUGAAAUUAAGCGAGAACCCCAAAGAAGCCGCAAAUGUUUUGUCCGUCCUCUCAUUCUCUUGGAUGAAUAACGUUUUUGCGGUUGGUAAUAGACGUCCUCUCGAGAACGAUGACCUUUUGCCUUUAAUCAACGAAGACAAAACUCAAACUUGUACCAAAAAAUUAAUACAAGCGUGGAACGCAGAGAGCGAGAAGCGUGGAAAUCUAAAGAAGCAUUUGUUGUUCAGAUCUUUGGUUAGCAUGUUUCCCUGGACUGAUUAUGCGUUCUUGUCAAUAACUGCUUUUAUGGUUGGUGUGCUAAAUUCUCUACAGCCAGUGUUCUUGAGUUUCCUGUUACCUGAGUUGAUAUCUCUCUCGCCUGAAGGGAAAUCCCGGGCUUUUCUUUACGCCGCUGGGAUCUGUUUUGCUUUAUUUGUAAGAAUACUAGCUGGACAACAGUACGCCUACAGGAGUUCAUUGCUGUCGAUUCGGUGGAAGUCAGCAACUAUGGGAAUGCUCUUUCAAAAGGUAUAACUAGAUAUUAAACUGAGCAAUUUCGCAACGCUUUGGCCUCCAUUGACGCUGUAUCACCGAGCAAGACAAGUUGCACGUGACCUUCGGUUGCGUAAAAGCUCCUGCAAAUUUGCCUCUCUUCUCUUACGAUGCGUCAAAGAAUUUGCUGCAGCGCUGCCGUAAUCUUUAGGAUUUCGCUUGCUUCGUGGAACGCCUCUUCUGUAAAGAAAACGUUGCAAAGCAUGUUAAUUCCGAUUCAGGGAGAGUUAUUCUUGUUAAGGUUUAGUGCAACUUGUCUUCUAACAAAAUUGAGAGAAAAAUUGGAAGAAAAAAUGGCUAGUGUGAACAGGGCUUGUACUGGAUACAUGUGGUUUGCUCCGAGAUUCGAUUGGCUUAUGUUUAGAUUGUGCGUGAGAUUGGGUGGAUGAGUAUCCAAUUGCACCAUGGGACUGUCUUGAGAGAGGAAUAGAAGUGUGACGUCACGUUACCUUGGCAGCAAAAUUUCGGGAUCACAACAAUGGGAAAUUAAGCAACGACGACGGUGACGGCAAUGAAAACGGCAAAAAAGCAACAACUUUGCACGUGCAUCUCGCUUUUUUGUACAUUUCUUAGCCUUCGCUGCAAGACCGUCACAUGAAACUUCCUAAUUUCACGCGCCCGCUUUAUGGAGUAUACAACACAAAAUUUUUCUCUUUCAUUUUUUUACCUUAGAUACGGUCCUUUCGGAUUCAACCCCAGAAAGUUUCGCAAACAUUUUGACAAAUUAAAUGAAAUUGAAGAAGAUCGAUGAAGUUUGAAACAGUGCGAAUUCAAUUUUUAAGUGACUUUUUUGGUUUGUUGUCGUCCAGAAAUUUUGCUACCAUGGCAACGUGACGCAACGACUUCUCCUCUCUCUAAAGGAACCCACAGAAUUCCCAAAACAGUCUCAUAGUGCAGUUCGUCACCUACCCAGUCUAGGAGAAAAUUGGUCAAGUUCUGGGCAGUUUUGUUUCAAAAUGGAAUGAACAAGACACUCGAAAUUUGCCAUAUGCUCAGAUCCUUCAUUCACCCUGCAAGCAAAGGCCCUUCGUUUUCCAGCAGCUUAUUAAGGAGAUACGUAUGCACCCAAAACAUAUAGAGCGUUUUCACAUGACGUCACGGCGGCCAUAUUGGUGUUCCAGAACAAUCAAAGGGCGGCCAUGUUGGUGUUCCAAACCAAUCCUUUGGGAGUUAAACGCUUUCUUUUGUUCCAAUAACUCUGCAUAGAUGCUGUCCACUUGAGUGAAAACGCUCUAAACAGGGAUGAAGAAGAACGCCCUUCAGAUUUAGACUUGAGCAUUGCGCAGAAGCCCAAGUAAUGAAUAUUGUAUAUUACUGAGGGUUUUUUGACAAACCUGACGAGCAGUGAUAUGGACGAAACAGCUGUAUAUAGCCAGCACAGCAGCAGAGAUAAGGUUGUCCGUAUGUAAAAGUGUAAGUUACUAACAUAAUGAGUCGUUUCUGUUUUUCCUUUUUUCUGAAGGUUUUGCAUCUCAGACAGGUGGAUUUGGCAGCGUUUACAAGUGGUUACAUAUUGGAUCUUGUUUGUGGUGAUCUACAGCGCAUCGAUAAAUCGUUUAUAAGCUUCAUGCACCUGAUAGAAGGUAUCACUGGAACGUUGUUUUUGUCGUUAUUCACUUGGUAUUUGUUCGGCUGGAAGCCUUUGACGUGCCUGACGUUCGUGUUGUGCCUAGUUGCCUUUUACAGUGUAAUGGGUAGCCUGUGCUGCAGGCUUCGUUCACGAAUUGCUGCUAUCACCGAUGAUCGUCUUCGAAUAAUGAAUUCUGUUAUUUCUGGGAUUCGGGCAGUAAAGAUGUACGCUUGGGAAUGGAUGUUUGGAGAAAGAGUGAAGAACAUACGAAGGUAAUACCUUAACAAAUCUGGUAUUCUUCUAUGUGAAAGUUGGAUUUAAACAUGCAAUGCAAAAAUAUACUUAGAACUGAUACUCGCCCUCUCAGUCCCCACUCUUCAGAGAAGUUACUGUCUUGUGAAAGCACAGUAAAAAACGCGUCAAAGAUAAGAGAAGAUUUGGUGUGUCGAAUGAUCGAUAGGUAACCUUUUGCAGGGAGACCAAAGAAAGCUGCUGUAGAUAUCUUGGCUGAAUCUUUUUUUCUCUCUUAUCUGGUGAGAUCCAAGUUACGGCUCAGUAUGAAAAUGACAUACACAGACUAACUUGUGUCCAGAAAUACAAGCAACUCGGAAAUUUGGUUACUUCAUUUUAGACAAAAUUAUUUGUAAUUUCCAUGUUAGACAAAAUUGCUUGUGUCUAACUGAGGAUCAGGGCUAGGGGACACUUAGUCAUGUCCUGCAAACAAGCCCACACUCAGCUCAUCUUUCAGCUGCAUCUUAGUUUAUAAUUGCCGCGGCGCUUUUCAAGUAAAUAGAUGCUCGCGUUUCUAAUAAUCUACAAAAAUUCUCUUCCUUAAAAGAAAAUAUUCAUCCCUUUAACGCAAAAUCUAUCUCUUGUCUCAAGGAAGAGACUCUUUUAAUAUAUAAUUUAACGUCAACUCUUUUUUUAAACCAACAGCUCUGAAAUGGAGUUGAUACGCUGGAAGAGCGCCAUACUUGCUUGUAAUGCUUCAUUACUCUAUACAGUAAGACCAAUAACCAUUCUCAUCUCCCUGGUAACGUUAGUUGCUACAGGAACACCACUUUCUACAUAUAACACGUUCAUAAUUUUAUCAGUUAUAAGCGUAUGGAGAGUUGCUAUUUGUUGGAGUAUACCACAGCCUUCGAUUGCCCUGGCUGAUUUUUUUGCCGGGCUUGAACGAAUUCAACAUUUCUUGGAAUUCCAUGAAACAAGGUCUCAUGAAAAACUUCAAACAACCUUUUCAAAGAGGCAACCAAGCAAGGAAAUUGUUAAUGACUUCCAUUUGAUUAAUGGCUGUCUGAUUCAAGACGACAAAAAUAGCAAAGGUGACAGUCAUAUCGACACCUCUCAUGAACGAAACAACAAAAUUAGGCAAAUAACCACUUUAGAUGGAGACAAAAGCGUAACACUACAUGACGUACAAUGCUCUUGGAAUAGCAGUAAAGUUUACCCCGUCUUAAAGUCCGUGAGUCUGUCAAUAAAAGGUGGGGAUUUAGUUUUCAUCACCGGCCACGUGGGAUGCGGAAAGUCUUCACUGCUCUACGCCAUCCUAAAGGAAUUACCACCCUUCAGUGGUCGAGUAUCAUGUAAUGGAAAGAUCGCCUAUGUUGGUCAGCAACCCUGGGUAUUCUCUGGCACGGUACGAGAUAACAUUCUGUUUGGUCAGACAUUUGACUCGGUCAGAUACAACAUGGUACUGGAGUCAUGUGACCUGCACGAGGACAUACAAAGAUUCCCGGAUGGAGAUAUGACUGGAAUUGGUCAACACGGUGUUAUGCUAAGUGGAGGCCAACGCGCCCGCGUGGCCCUUGCUCGUGCAUUGUACGCCAACGCAGAUAUUUAUCUGUUAGAUGAUCCUUUAAGCGCUAUUGACGCUAAAGUUGGGAGAUACAUUUUUGAAAAGUGUAUUCUUGGCGCGCUCGGUGAUAAAACCCGUUUGAUGGUUACACACACUCUUCAGCUAUUAGAAGGAGCGGAUCGUGUAGUUUUGAUGAAAGAGGGCUCCGUUAUUACGGAAGGGAGUUACGAAAAUCUCUUGAAAGAAGGGCACAAGUUGCAAUGGCAAGAAACGGGUAGCCUUAAGGGAGCAGAAAGUAGCAAACGUGCAGUUAUCGGUUCGCAUGUGACAGAAGAUGUAAAGUCGUCUGGCUUAGAAUCAGAUGAAGAUCGAUUGAUUGGUACGGUGUCCUGGAAAUAUUACUGGAGGUACCUGAGAGCUGGACUUGAUCUCAAGUCUCUUGUUGCUCUGUCCCUUUUUUGUAUCCUUGCUCAAGGUAGGUCACGACCAUAACCCGUUUUAGUCCAAGAUAUUUUAUUUUCUUUUUCCCAAUGAGACGUCGGAGACGCUGAUUCAAAAUUCAUUCUCGAGCGAUCGGAGGGCUUUUAUUCGGGACUCCACAGGUAUAGUUAAAAUAAGUCCCUCAAAGACAGUUAGCAAACAGUGGAAAGUUUUUAAAUGUAAUACAUAUACAGCUGAAUCAAAAUUUAAAAAGGUCGCUUUGGUCAUUGGUUAUUAGGCAUUGGGCAUUUGGGCAUAUGGAACAAGGCAAUGAUUUACCUGAGUGACCACCAAAUAAUAGCUUCCCAAUGCGCAAUUCCCAACGCCCAAAGCAACCUUAUUGAAUCAGAUUUAUAUAGCUAAGACUUCAGCCACCAUAAAUGUUUGACUCACAUGGCUUUGUAUUGCAAUCUCUUAAACAGGCUCACUCAUAGUCCCCGAUUGGUGGCUACUGCAAAUCACGAGGAAAUCACAAGAUCAAAAGAAGCAGCUAGACAGCUUUUACAUUUUCGCAGGACUCGUAGGAGGAGCGUUUUUUCUGUCAAUCUCACGAGCGGCCGUCCUCUUUGUCGCGCUAUUAAACUCUUCUGCAAAUCUACACGACUCUAUGCUGCAAGCUGUUCUAAAAGCUCCCGUCUUUUUCUUUGAUACAAACCCGUCAGGAAGAAUAUUGAACAGAUUUUCAAGGGACAUUGGGCUUAUGGAUGAACUGUUGCCAGACGUGUUUGUAGAUUCUACUCAACUCAUUUUGUUCUGCGUUGGUUCGGUUGUUCUCCUUUCCGUUCUUAACCUCUGGGUUUUGGUGGGGGCCACCCCACUUAUAGCCAUGUUUAUUUUGAUUGGCAAUUAUUACAUGAAGACGUCACGUGAGUUAAAGCGGCUUGAAGCUCUCAACAGGAGUUCAGUUAUCUCUCACUUUUCUGAUACCCUGGAGGGACUGGUGACUAUUCGCGCUUUUGAGAGGGAAGGCGCUUUUAUGGAAGAGUUGUUCAGGUUUGUUCUUGGCGCUUAUUAAAAUCUUCAAAAAGCAUUAAUGAUGUAAAAAAGGAAUAAAUAUUUAACAAACCCUUUAAUUAAAUCUACACCUAGCAGAACACUCCGCUCUACCAACAAGUGAUUGCAAGUAGUCCCUAAGUAUAAUCUUGAGUCCUAUGGAAAGCGCGCUUUUUCAAUCAUUGCCCCUCACUCUGGAACAAUUUACCAGACCAAAUAAGAACUACAGAAAGCUUGAGUUCUUUUAAAAAUAGAGUUAAGACCUUUUUAUUUAGCCGUUCCUUUUAGAUUUUUCUUACGUUUUUAUGAUGUAGUUCUAUAUAUAUAUAUAUAUAUAUGUUUUUUUUUUUUUGUUUAAGUAACCCUGUUAAGCGUCAUUGGUUAUCGAGUGAAAUGGCGCCAUAUAAAUAACUUGUUACUAUUAUUAUUAUGAAAAGGAAGGAAAAAACAAAAAUUUGCCAAGAUUAUCUUUGACUGUUUUCUUUUCAGAUGUCAAGACAGCCACAAUCAAGCGUGGUUCAUGAUUCUCUCUGGAGUUCGUUGGCUCGGAUUUCGCCUUGACAUGCUGUGCUUUUUUCUCGUUACUUUGGUUCUGUUUGGGCAGCUGAUAAUGGAGUCUGAGCCAGGUGAAGUUUGCACGCUUUGCGGACCUCUCUUUUUUCCGGUAAUUUUGCUAUUAAGGGUUUAAUAUUUGGGGAAAAAUCUCGAUCCCGAGUUCGCUUUUCUUUCGAACAUCGAAGUGCUGACCGCAAAAAAAGGGGUUUUAGAUUCAUUGUGCCAAGGACCUAAUUUUAUGACCAGAUCAGAAAGCGCGUGAGUUUGCCGACUUGUCUCCACUUUAGAGAAAACGAGAUUUAGAAAUAGACUGCUUCCAAUCCGGCUAUAACUGACUCAGGGAGUCAAGAAGCUUCCUUAGAACAGAUGUUAGCAAUUAUUUUGAAUUAAAUGUCUUGUUUUUGGCCUUUCUCCAUUAGGCGUAACCGCUUUGUCACUGGUGUACACGCUUCAGCUGGUUGUAGACACGUCACAGUUUGGAGUCAUUCAGUGCUCUGAAGUGGAAAGUUUUAUGACGUCAGUGGAACGCGUUGUGACGUACACCGAGAUUGAGCAGGAGCCUGGAUACCAGAUCCAGCGCCGGCCCUCACGUGAAUGGCCCGACAGAGGGGAAAUACAAUUUCGAGGCGUCAGCCUUGUCUACUACCAGGGUGGGCCCGAGGUGUUGAGAAAGCUCAGUUUUACUGUUCAUGCGGAAGAGAAGGUAGCAAUUGCUGGCCGCACGGGAGCAGGGAAGUCCUCCAUUGUUGCCGCGCUUUUUCGCAUGCCUGAGGCAACAGGUGAAAUCAUCAUUGAUGACGUCAGCAUCAACAGCAUCUGCCUCCAAAGUUCACGUCGAGGGAUUUCAGUUAUUACCCAAGAUCCUAUUCUAUUUACCGGCUCACUGCGCAUGAAUUUGGACCCCUUUUACGAGUACGGAGACAAUGAAUUAUGGGAUGCACUGGAAGAAGCGAGUCUAACAGCCAUGGUGCAAAAGUUACCAUGGAAACUAAGCGAGGAAGUAAGGGAAGGCGGAAUCAACUUCAGUGUUGGAGAAAGACAACUUCUAUGUCUGGCCCGCGCAUUACUGAAGAAAAGCAGGAUUAUUGUCAUGGACGAAGCAACAGCAAACGUCGAUUACGAAACAGAUCGAGUUAUUCAAGAAACCAUACGAGCAAAGUUCAAACAAUGUACGGUUAUCACGAUCGCUCACCGACUAAACACUAUCAAAGAUUACGACCGAGUGUUGGUUCUCGAUGACGGAGGUAUUUUAGGUUUUGACAGACCUGAAAACUUACUGGAAAAAAAUAGUUACCUCUUUUAA